AUGCCUCAUUCUUUUAAGCAACAUCCGCAUCUCGUACUGGCAGGGGAGGGUGGUGGGGAUGUGGGACAGCCUGACCCCGGGUCUGUUCACCUGGCAGAGAAAAGCAAUCUGACGGUGGAUGCGGUGAAGCUGCACAAUGAGCUGCAGUCAGGAUCCCUGCGUGUGGAGCGGCCAAGCGGCAGCUCUCAGUUGCCCAUGGAGGAGGGUGAUGCUGGCGAGGCUGCCACGGAGAGGUCUUCCGGCACCUUCCUGAGCGGGCUGAGCGAUUGCACCAACGUUACCUUCAGCAAGGUGCAGCGCUUCUGGGAGUCCAACUCCGCUGCACACAAAGAGAUCUGUGCCGUGCUGGCAGCUGUGACGGAUGUGAUCCGCUCGCAGGGGGGCAAAGAGACUGAGACCGAGUACUUUGCUGCACUGAUGACCACACUGGAAGCAGUGGAUUCCCCUGAGUCAGUGGCUGCUGUUGCAUACUUGCUCAACCUUGUAUUGAAGCGAGUCCCCAGUCCAGUACUCAUAAAGAAGUUCUCAGACGCUUCAAAAGCCUUCAUGAGUAUCAUAUCCUCACAGGCCUGCAGCGGCUCCACCUCUGCACUGCGAUGGGUUCUCUCAUGCCUGGCCACACUGCUGCGAAAACAGGAUUUGGCAGCCUGGAGCUACCCUGUCACCCUCCAGGUCUACCACGGCUUGCUGAGCUUCUGUGUUCACACCAAACCCAAGGUUCGGAAAGCAGCUCAGCACGGUGUGUGCUCCGUCCUGAGGGGGAGCGAGUUCAUGUUUGGAGAUGAGGCUCCUGAGCACCAUCCUGCGGCACCCUCCAGUGCCAAGUUCUGCGUGCAGGAGAUUGAAAAAGCUGGAGGCACCAAGGAGGCUACCACCACACUGCACGUGCUGGCCCUCCUGCGAGACCUGCUGCCCUGCUUUCCUGCGGCUGUGCUGAAGACGUGCUGUGAGACCCUGCUCAGAGUCAUGACCCUCAGCCAUGUGUUGGUGACAGCAUGUGCCAUGCAGGCUUUCCAUAGCCUAUUCAGUGCCCAGCCCAGCACGUCCUGCCUGCCAGCUGAGCUCAAUGCCCAGAUCAUCACCGCGCUGUAUGACUACGUGCCCAAUGCCAGCGACCUGCAGCCGCUGCUCACCUGGCUGACCACCAUGGAGAGGGCACACGUCAACCUGGGCAGACUGCAGAAGGACCUGUGCUGGGCUCACCUGCCCCGUCUUUUCUCAGCCACCAUGAAUUGCUUCCUGUCCCCACACUCGCAGGUGGUGGCAGCUGCAGCACAGACCCUAGAGACCCUCCUGAAUGAGUGCAUUGCUCCCCACGUGGAUGAACUAGGCAAUGUCUCUGCAUCUGCCCCAGCCCCUGGUUCCUACCUUUGCAGGAUGUUCAGGUCAGUGGAGGAAGGCCUGACGUACCGUUUCCAUGCAGCAUGGGAUAGCGUGCUGCAAGUACUGGAGAUUUUCUUCGAGGUGUGUGGGAAGCAGUGCCAUCCCAUCAUGAGGAAGUGCCUGCAGUCCCUGUGCGACCUGCGCCUCUCUCCACACUUCCCCUACACCACUGAGGUGGACCAGGCGGUGGGAGCUGCCGUGGGUGCCAUGGGCCCCGAGGUGCUGCUGGAAGCUGUUCCCCUGCAGAUUGACGGCAAGGAGGAGACUCUGGAUUUCCCCCGCAGCUGGCUGCUGCCUGUGCUGCGGGACUACGUGCAGGGCACACGGCUCGGCUUCUUCACCAGCUACUUCCUCCCCUUGGCAGCCACUCUGAAGAGCAGAGCCCUGGAGUUUGCCCAGGCUGGGAAGAGCCUUGAGUCCAAGAUCUAUGACACACUGCAGUGGCAGGUCUGGACCCUGCUGCCUGGCUUCUGCACCCGCCCCACAGACGUGGUGGAAGCUUUCAAGGGGCUGGCACGCACCCUGGGCAUGGCCAUUAGCGAGCGCCCGGACCUCCGCCCCACCGUGUGCCAGGCCCUACGCACCCUCAUCCACCACGGCUGUGGGACAGAUGCAGAGCGAGCAGAAGUGGGUCGUUUUGCCAAAAAUUUCCUGCCCAUUCUAUUCAAUGUGUAUAGCCAACCCGAGGAGGAUGAGGGCAGCAGUGGUCAACGCCGCUCUGUGCUGGACACUGUGCGUGCCUAUCUGACUAUCACGGACCCACAGAUGGUGUGUGGGUUCCUGCAGAAAGCCAGUGAGAAACUGACCAGUCCUGAGAGCUCAGAGUUUGCCAGGCUCUCUAUCCUGGACCUAGUUGUGGCAAUGUCUCCCUAUGCCAAUGAGCAGGCCCUGAGCUCCCUGUACCAGACUAUCCAGCCUUCCCUCCAGAGCAAGGACCACAGCAUGCAGAAGAAGGCAUACCGUGUGCUGGAGGAAGUAUGUGCUGCCCCGCAUGCCCCGUGCCAGGCCUUUGUCCACUCACACCUGGAAGAGUUGCAGGCAGUGCUUCUGGAUUCACUCAAGAGCGCAGCGUCCCCAGCCAAGAGGCCCCGGCUGAAGUGCCUGUUCCACAUUAUGAAACAGCUCUCAGCUGAGCAUGAGCCCUUCGUCACUGCCCUGGUCCCAGAGGUCAUCCUGUGCACCAAGGAGGUGUCAGUGGGAGCCCGCAAGAAUGCUUUCAUGCUGCUGGUGGAGAUGGGACAUGCUUUCAUCCGCUUUGGGCCCACUCCCCAAGAGGCUAUGGAGCGGUUCCUGCUCUUGGUCUACGCGGGGCUGACUGGUUCGGUCACCAUGAUCAGCUGCACAGUGCUGGCACUCACACGCCUAUUCUUUGAGUUCAAAGGUUACAUGGAGCUGAGCACGGUGGAGCAGCUGCUGCAGAACAUCUGCCUGCUGCUGGGCUCUCGCACACGUGAUGUGGUGAAGGCGGCCCUGGGCUUCCUUAAAGUCGUGCUGCUGCUGGUUGAUACCACACUGCUGGCCAAGCACAUCCAGACUAUGCUGGAGGCCAUAGGCAGCCUUUCAGAUGACAUGAGGCGCCACUUCCGCAUGAAGCUGAGAAACCUCUUCACCAGAUUCAUCCGCAAAUUCGGCUUCGAGCUGGUGCAGGGACUGCUGCCAGCUGAGUUCCACAAGGUUCUGGUGAACAUCCGCAAGGCUGAAGCUCGCAGCCGCAAGCAGCGUGCCCUGAGGCAAGCAGCUGCAGAGGCAGAGGAGGAGGAGGAGGAAGCACCAGCCCAGCCUAGAGGAGACAGCAUGGAGGAGAUUCUGGCGGACUCAGAGGAGGAAGAGGAGGAAGAGGAGGAACGGCAUCGGGGCAAGGCGCGGAAGAAACAAGCACGGCAGAAGGGCCAAGCGUGGCUGAAAGAAGGGGAAGAGGAUGAGCCUCUCAACUUCCUGGAUCCCAGUGUGUCCCAGCGAGUGCUGGCCACUGAGCCAAACCUGAAGAAGUCCAGAGGAGUGAAGCACGACUUCCAGGUGUCUGAGGAUGGGCGCCUGAUCAUCCACGAUGAGGAGGAGGAGAUGGACAACGAUGAAGCCAAAGGAGUGGACGAGGAUGUGGCAGAUGUGCUGCAAGAAGUGGGCCUUCGCAGUAAGAAAAGCCAGAAGCGUCGUUUCAGAGAAGAGCCAGAUGAUGAUGAACCAGAGACUGGAACCUACUCUCAGUACAGAGCUGGAGGCUCUGGGAUCCACCGGCCACUGGACAAAAAGCCAGCCUUUGGUGCAGAGUACAGAUCCAAGAAAGGCAAAGGUGAUGUGAAGAAGAAGGGCCAGCUCGACCCCUAUGCCUACAUCCCCCUGAACAGAGCUAAACUCAACAAAAGGAAGCAAGCAAAAAUGCAAGGCCAGUUCAAGGGCCUGAUGAAGGGUGCCCAGCGUGGGGCCAAGGCUGGCCGCAAGAACCGGCUGAAGGACCGUCGCCCUUGAGGAGCUGUGGAUGCUCUGUGCACCUGCUUGAGGACUGGUGAUAACCUGAGGUGUGCAGGCACUGGGGGACAGGGACUUUGUGAGGGCAGGCUCCCUAGGAAGCUACCUCUGUGGACUCCUGGCCCCAGCCCUGUCCUCCUGUGCCUAAAAGAAGGUGAUGUGACUGCUGCAGGUGUGUGUGUGUGUGUGUGUGAGUGAAAGUAAAUAACAUGUAAUGAGUUCUGUUAUUGACAAACACUUCCUGUUAAUAUCCA